AUGAAGAAGCUGAUCGUAAUCGCGUUGAUGGCGGUGGUUGUCACCGCAUACAAGAAUGGAAGAAGAAACAGUGUAAUAUCGACUGUAGAUUUCCCACCUUAUCAACGAGUUCAUGGGCAUUUACCUUUUCACGAGCGGCACCAUCCGUUUCGGGAGCAAUCGUUUAAAACGCAGCCGUACAAACCUUACCAUUAUCGACCUCAUCGGCAGGACACAUUUGCUCACCCGGAGCAGUUGUCUGUCAGGGAUCAAAUGUUGUUGCGAGAGUAUGCAGCUCGGAAAAAUCUGUCAUUUUUUGGCAACAGGGAUGCCCCGGAUUUCCACGGGCAGUCUCCGAUCUCUGCGUACAGGAAUCAGCGAAACGAGGAUCCAGCAGUUUACCGAAACGGCUACCCGUUUCGGCAUCAAAUGUUAGACGAUCGACAUUCGUCCUAUCGACAAUCCUUCCGUGACGAUGUUCGAUUUACGGAUUUGUACGAUAAACCGAUUAACUUUUACAAGGGACAAUUGGGACAGCAACAGGUCGGUUCAUUGGGUAGAGAUGCAGAGUAUUUGAAGCACGGAAACCAUGGUCUCGGUUAUGCGCCUGUGCUACCCAUUUCACCGUACGAGAACGCUCUGCCGUUCAACGAGGAAGCAUUCACGACGAUGACACCGUCGAUGGUUCCGACAACUACCCACAAACCAUCGCAACAGUCUACUGCCUCCUCCGUCGCUCCGGCUAUCUCCCAAGUUCAUACGUCUGCAACUUCCGAGCCGAAAAUGGCUUCGUCGAAGGUCUCGUAUACGGCGACAAUGCCAACCGUGAAAUCCGAUACGCUGCCUGACGCCGCUACCACUAGCGUAUCCAUGCCAGCAAUUUCUACGAUACCAACCACUCCGGUCACUACGAAGCAGUCUUCGAACUUGGCUCAUUCGCCUACUACCGAAGCUAGCUUGCCUGUCAUGACCACGGAAUCUCCGAUCAUAUCCUUCGGACGACACAUAGGAUCACCAAUUGAAUUUCAAACGGCUAGAUUCAUCUCACCGACGUCUUAUUAUCUCUCAAGCGGUUUAAAGAACAAGCUCCAGCAGCCGUUGUUCGGUUAUAUGCUGUCGCAGAAGGCGAAAGACGCUAUCAAAAACAACGAACAGAUAUUACUGCAACCACUGCCAGAUGCGUUAAACAACAGUUUGAACAACAAGAUCUACGGCACGGUAAUGAAUUACGUACUUCCAGAAGAAUCAAAGGCUGCGUUGAAGAACAAUUUGCAGAGUUCUCUGUGGAACUAUCUGCUGCAGCAAGAAUCGAAUCAUGGUUUACAUUACCUACCAUCUUCUCUAUCGGAAACUGCGAAUCAUCUUCCAUUAGCCUCGGUAGUCGAGAGACCGAAAAUGGCACUGCCAAGUGUACCGAUUGCAACUUUGUCAGCGGUUUCCCGGCCAAUGCAGACCAUAAACUACCUACCAAUAACGCUACCAAGAAUGUCUGCUUUCAUGGCUCAGGACGCGUCCAUGUCCCCUGGUCUUCCGUUAGGCACAACUUUAUCUUCCGGGUUGGCCUCGAGCGUAGCGGGUAGCCAGGUCGCGAACGUGUUCAACAGUUUACCUGCUUGCAUAUCAAGUUUGAACUUUGACCAGAAUUUCCAACAUGUAGGACAGAUGCGACAAUUUGAACCGACGAGGAGUCAAUCGUAUUUCACAGGACUGCAGUUCCAGCUGGGUGACUAUGGAGGGUUAGAGUACAUGCGUCCGACAAAUCCUGUACCACGAUCUACAAACCUUGGGAUCGCAAAAUUGGGCUUAAAUAUGCCGGAAUUAUCGCGACACCAUUUUCCUACGUUUUCUAAGGCUGGAUACGAACAACACCUGUGGUAA